GAGGAGGAAGUUUAGUGUUUUUCCUCGCCCGCUGCCUCCUGCGGACCCAGACUGGCUGAUGUGCUUCAUGUCUGAGCCUGAAUGUUAUUCACUUGUUCAGAUACAGUGCGGAACAGGUCUUUGGUGUUGUUCCUCCCAGCGACCCUCCAAUCUGAAUCCUCGCCCAAUCACAGGAUAAUUUACAAUGACCAGUACGUCUUUGGACUGUGGGAGGAAACCGGAGCACCCGGGGGAAACCCACAUGGUCACCGGGAGAACGGUCAAACUUUCUUACAGAUAGUGUGGCAGGCAUUGAACCUGGGUCUCUGGUCCUGUAAAGUGUUGAGCUAACCACCACACUACCAUGUUGCCGUCUGAGUCUACAAAUCAGUAAGCCGCUCUGAGCUCCCAACUCAGUCAUUCUCACUGGUUCUUCUGAAUGUCGUUCAACAUUGAGAGAAAGUGAAAGGUGGGACUCAGCAGGUGUCCUCUCCCACGUAUGACCCGAUGCCCUGAGACUCCAUGAAGAUGGGAAACAAAAAUGUGUGCAUCUGCUCGAAGCUGAAGCAAACAAGUGCUGGAAGAACGCCGAUGGGCAGCAUCUGUGGAAAGAGUAAGAGGGAAAACUUUGAGCUCCUGGCCUGGGAUUUCCCUUCCACCUAACACCACUGUGCCUCUUGCCUGCUGGACUAGUCCCACUGAUGGCGGAAGGCAUGCCCAGGGAUGCGAUGGAGGAGCCCAGGAUAUUGGAAGCUGUUGCUUUGCUUUUCAGAUUCAGAUUCACCUAUUAAUCACAAGCACGCAGUGAAAUGGAGUUCGAGUUAACAACCUAGGGAUGUGCUGGGGCAGUUCACAAGCAUCACCUUAUUUAGCGCCCACAAUAUUCCACUGAAAAACACAAGAACAACAGCAACACAACAAACCCCUUUCUCCCUCCCUCACACACCAACAGAUCUCCAAACCCAGAACACACCAUCUCUCGGCUCCCAACCUACAGUGCCUGGUCCAGACUUGCAGACGUCGGGUUUCUAAUUUCUAGACCGACUGACCAAAGGGACUCAAGCAUUGAACCUCGCCAACUUUAGACUUUGACCUUCGGGCUUCAAUCUUUGAUAUCAACCCCAGAACUUGCCGAUUACGACCUGGCCUUGGACUCUGGAUUUGCACUGGCUUCCAACCCCAGAACUUGCCAGCCUGAAGUGUCAUGCCUGACUCAAUUCUCAGACUUGCAGUCUCUGUGCCUCCAACUUCCGGACAUGUUUCCAUCGACACCACAAAGUGUAUUAGCUCUCUUUGGUCCACGUCCCCAUAGUACGGGAGUAAUGGCAGAAGGAAGGACUCGUGCCCUCAGUUUUCUCUCGGUAUGCCUGGUGACCUUGCUUUGGAACAAGUGCAGUGGCCUUGCCGAUCAUGGUCCAGAAUGUCCUGCGCUCGGCGAGCAUAAUCAUGUAGAGCAGCCAGAUCCAACGUCUGUGGCUAUGGACAGGCACAAGGCAACGUUUGAGCAGAAGUAUUACCUGCACAAACUGUUCAGUCAGUAUGGUGAAAACGGUACGCUCACGGUGGAGGGACUGGAGAAGUUACUGUGCAACAUUGGGGUCGGAGGGAUUAGGACCAUGGUAACCAACCAUGAGCACGUAGACCAUGUUGCCAAGAAACGCACAGUGUUAGCGGAAGGAACCAUCCGUCACCACUGUUGUCCCAGCUGCCGACAAAUCCAGUUGAAAAUCGGCUUGCAGACCGCUCCCAAGGAGGUUGGGCACUUGCCAAAGCGGGUCAAUCUGUCUCAAGUGGAGGCCCAGAGCGGCUCAGGCACACGCUCUCACUCAGUCUCGUCUGGUGGUGAAUCGGGAGGUGAGCAGCGUGCAAGACCGGCACGCAGCCCUCCAAGUGCAGUGUCCCUGCCAACUGAGCCGUCUGUGCCACUUCAGCUGAACGCCCAGCUUGGCACGACAGUCCGGUACCCCAACAACGCAGUCAGACAACCGCCACCCAAAUAUUCCACCCACAAGGUUGCCAAAGAGGUCCAGAAAAGAAAUCAUUUGCCUGAAGAACAUAAAGACUUGAAGAAAGAAGAGUGCCUGAAUGCAGACAAGUUAUUCUUGUCCCAUGGAAUGCCCCCGCACGCGACCUUGAGUGCGGAGCAGUUCAGCUACCUUUGCCCUGCCCUCCUGGACCAAAUCGAAAGCAAAGCAUGUAUCGGACGUGAACCUAGAAAGUUAUAUUCCACCUAUUCCAUUGGGGCAGCUUGGAUUGGAGGGUUUGUGUCUGUCACAGUCAUCAGUCUGCUAUCACUUCUGGGUAUCAUCUUCAUGCCUUUAAUGAAUAAGACUUUCGUCAAGUUUCUCUUGACGUUCCUGGUUGCUUUGGCUGUUGGGACACUGAGUGGGGAUGCGUUUUUACACCUCUUGCCACACUCUCAAGGCGUCCAUCACCACAGUGCCGAGCAUCAUGAACACACUGAAGAAGACCACGAUCAUUUGAAUUAUGUGUGGAAGGGGCUCACAGCUCUUGGUGGCCUUUACUUUAUGUUUCUUAUCGAACAUUUGAUAACUUUAAUUAAAUUAUACAAAGGGAAAAGGAAGCAAAAGAAAUCCAACCAGGAUGAACAGGACGUGGAUGUUGAUAGAAAUGUGGAUCCCCAGGAAUCGCAACAGUUAUCAAAGGAAGAACCUCCGUCUCUAAAGCAGAUUGCAGAAGGAGAUCUGGAUGACUCUCUGGUUGAAUCCAAGGAUCAGUCAAACCUCCCCUCUCUGGAUUACAGUCAAAACUCGCUGACUCCAGAACAAGAAGUUAUGAUUACCCAUGCUCUUCCAGAAGGAAAUUACAGCACCUAUGUGCCGAGGGGCUGUGAGAACAAGUGCCACUCUCACUUCCACGACACCAUAGGGAACGCUGAUGACUCCCAUCAUCACCACCACCACUACCACCACAUUCUGCAUCACCACCACCACCAAAACCACCACCCCCACAGUCACGGCCACUACUACCUGCAGGAGGACCUGAAGGAUGCAGGAAUCGCAACUCUGGCGUGGAUGGUGAUUAUGGGUGACGGGCUUCAUAACUUCAGUGAUGGUUUGGCCAUUGGGGCAGCUUUUACUGGGGGGUUAUCCAGUGGAUUGAGUACCUCAGUUGCAGUUUUUUGUCAUGAACUGCCGCACGAGCUGGGUAAUUUUGCUGUGCUGUUGAAGGCUGGAAUGACCAUCAAGCAAGCUAUUCUGUAUAAUGUCCUAUCUGCUUCGUUGGGAUACCUGGGCAUGAUAACAGGCACAGCCAUUGGACAUUAUGCUGAGAAUGUCUCUAUGUGGAUCUUUGCGAUUACUGCUGGUCUGUUCUUGUAUGUGGCCCUGGUUGAUAUGGUUCCUGAAAUGCUUCACAGUGACGCUGGUGACCACGACUACAGUCAUGGAAUGUACUUUCUGCUGCAGAAUGCAGGAAUACUCCUGGGAUUUGGCAUCAUGCUCCUUAUUGCUAUAUUUGAGCAUAAAAUCUUGUCUGAUGUAAGACUGUAGGAAAAAAAAUGGCUGUUUCUUUACUGGUAUUCAUAAUUACUGGAUUUAAACUUAUUUAUUGGAUAUGUAUGUUAUUGUGUGAUAGUGAUAGGAUGGUGAACAAUAAACUCUGCCCCAAUCCAUCCCCCAGUCUGCACCACUCUUGUCUCCAGGCCUAAACCACCCAGCUCAUGACUUGUCCUCCAGUUCUACUUGCAUCACGACAUGUUCUUGUGUUAACAUGGAGGCCAAACGGAGAACAGAAUCCUGAAGGAAGUAAAAAUACUAACUUGGAGCUCUGAAAAGGGUGGGUACUGUAUUCUGCCAACAUACCGAAGUCAGUGGAGUCAGAUUUCAAGAGGUGAGCAUAGAGUCAGACCUCAACUUUUCACCUUUUUACACCACAACCAAAGGAUAGUUUCUCCCCUGCUACUCACAGUCACAGUUGGCUGAGAGCCAAGCUUACUGUCCUUUCCCCUCCUCAGAUGCUGCCAGCUCACUGAGUUGCUCCAGCAUUUCAUACCUUAUUUAGGGAUUAAUCUUUGGCUGGAUUACUUUGCCUCAUGCAAUCCACUUUUUAAAUUUAAGGCAACCAAUUCGAUAGGAAUUCCUGAAUGUAUGAGAUACAAAACAGAUUUAGUUAAUAGCUAUCUUAAAUGAUUAUUUGACUGGAUAAAGGUUUUGAGACAGACAGGAAUGUCUAAUAAAGGGAGAUAAAAGCUGAGCAGUGAAAAUAUUUUCAGUGCAAUCCCACGGGCCUUCAACUUGUCAUUUCAGCCAGUUUUUGUCAGCUACUAAGUUGACAGAAUAUUUAUUUAUUUAUUUGAUUAUAACACUGUGGAUAACACUCACACAUUCCACAAGCUGCAUUUAUCCAAAAGAGAAGUUUGACCAAAGCCUGCAGGAUUUGUUUUAAAAGUUAUUGUUACAAGAUGUAUUGCACAUACAAGUGUUACACAGUGGAUCUCCAAUAUAUAUUGAUGCUUUUUCAGCUGUUUAUAUGCAACUGUUGUUUAAAACAAUUGCAUUGCAGUUUCUGAGUGGGGUUGUUUAGUAUGUGUGUAUUUAGUAAUAAGGUUGUAGAUUGUUUUAUUCAAUUGAUGCUGUUACUCUAGAUUGAUUAUGUCCCAGAUUAUAGAUUUCAGUUCUUUAGCGUAUUCUUAGUGUUUUGAACUGUUACAAAAGGGACUGGCCCUUCAGUACCUUUCACCGACUCGGGACGUCCCAAAGCACUUUACAACCAAUGAAAUAUUUUUGAAAUAACACGGUGAGAUCACACAGUUAGUAAUCUGACUAUGACCAGUCCAUGAAUGCUAUUAUUUUUGCACGGCAUUCAUAGAUGGAAGUGUGGCCUGUAGCCAUUGUGCUGCUGCUGUUAUAACUGGAUCCUAUAGCCUUAAAAACAGUAUUAUUUAAAAUGUUCUGAAAAACAAAGUCCACAUGUUAAUUAUUACAAAUAUUUCUUUGUCAUAUUUAUAAUCUGUAUGCAAUGAAAUUUACAGUGGUGUAAUGUUCCAUUUUUGUGUAUGUUACAAGCAGCUGUCACUGGGAAAAUGUAACUAAACUAUGAUAAGUUUUCAAGUAGUCUGUGACUAGAAAAACAAAAUUUUGAGAUGAAACUUAAAGCAUGGUACUGUCAAAAAUAGCACUGUUGUGUUUUUACAUUGAAAUCUUGCUCUCAAGUUUUACUGUAAGCUGUAGAUUGACACAAGACUGGGAAUUUGUUUACUAUGCGCGUGUUUAAUAAAGUUGUAGACAGUUGUAUUUAGUAAAUCUUGUAACUUUUGACCAAUAAAGUUCUAGAUGUUGUAGGCUA